GAACCAUCACUUUUCUUCGAACUACAGGAAUAACAACAUCCCCAUAAGAGACAUUCAUGAUAUGACAUAGUGCGUACCGCAAUUGAUCUUGCUGACCAGAGUCAGGGACGCCGACAUAGUAAGAUUUUCACAUAAGAUAGUGCGAAUGACGCUGACUGACGUUUGCCGCUAUGCUAUAAUCAUUCAUCGGCAGAAUUUAACUCACUGAUGUCUCUUCCUGUAGUGAAGACCGACCUCAGCGGCCAAAUCGUCUUGGUCACUGGUGCCAAUACUGGUAUUGGAUUGGAGGCCGCGAAGCAUUUUGCCACAAUGAAGCCCAGCAGGUUAAUCAUCACUUGCCGAAGCGAGGAGAAGACAGCAGCCGCAGUCGCACUUAUUGAGAAAGAAACUGGAUUCACUCAUGUCGAGGGGUUCGUCCUUGAACUCACCAGCUUCGCGUCGGUGCUCUCUUUCGUUGAAAAGUUCGAGAAGGACGUGGGUUCGCUUGAUAUACUGGUUGCGAACGCCGGAGUAUUACCUGUGACUUUCACUCCUACUCAGGAUGGAUGGGAAACUACUGUGCAGGUGAACCAUUUAUCGACCGCGCUGCUAUGUUUCCUACUUCUUCCCAGUCUCGCUCGUGCUGGCGAAGCACGUUCGCGUCUUUCGCGUCUCGUGAUUGUCGCCAGUGAGACUCAUGCUUGGUCGGAUUUCGCAGAGGGGCGGACGGGUGGCUCAGGUGUUCUUGAGUACCUGAAUAAGAAGGACGUGUUCGAGGAGAACAUUCAGAAACGUUACCCCGAAUCCAAAUUACUGAAUGUCUUAUUCACACGAGCUUUGGCGAAGCAUCUCCGGCUUUCCAACCGGGUUGUCGUCAACUGUGUCACUCCGGGACUGUGUCGAUCCGACCUCGCGCGACAGGUAGACUCCCCUCAACUGAAAGCACAGCUUGCGAAUGCUCGUAGUUCUGAAGAAGGAAGCCGACAGCUUAUCUGGGCCUCAGUAGGUCCCGAGAGCGCGACUGAGGACCACGUAAAGAACCUUCACGGAACAUACAUCGUAAAUACUCAAGUAACGGACCCAAGUCAGUGGGUGAGGAGUGAGGAAGGCCAGCGUGUUCAGGAGAAAGUCUGGGCCGAAACCAUCGAGGUUUUGUCCAAGGUAUCCCUUGGCUUGAAGCAGGUUCUGGACACUUAUACGUCUUAAAUCAAGGAUUCUCUCCAUGUUACUGCCCUACCAUUGUACACUAGGUGUUUUGAGCGAGUUGUAUGAAACUCACCUGCUAGGCCAUAUACAAUCGCACUUCUUACUACGG